GCAAGAGAGAAACCGAGCGAGCGAGAGGAGGGCGAGCCAUUGAGCGAGUCUUCAGGUGUCGGAUUCAGUCAUGGCCGGGAACUCCGAGAAAGCGGCGAUGGCCUCGGCGGGACCGGAGGACCUCCGGCAGUUCCUGCCUCCGGCCUACUCGGCCGUGGCCGCGAAGCCCGCCGCCGCCGGGCGCGUCCUCAAGGCCGGGAUCGCGGUGCUGGUCGCCGGCGCCCUGCUGCUCCUCCUGGGCGCCGUCGGAGCCUUCUACUUCUGGAACAACAAUGACAAACACGUCUACAACGUCCACUACAGCAUGAGCAUCAACGGCAAAGUGGAGGAGGGCACCGCGGAGAUCGACACGGAGAACAACACGGAAAGGUUCAGCACGGGCAGCGGCGCCGACGAGGCCGUGGAGGUCCACGAUUUUGAGAUUGGAAUCACCGGGAUCCGGUUUUCAGGGGGCGAGAAGUGCUUCAUCAAGACCCAGGUGAAGGCCCGCCUGCCCGACGUGGAGCGUCUUGACAAGGACUCCGUGACCUUUGACCUGGAGGACGAGGUGAUGCCGGCCAAGUUCGAGGACGACCUCGUGUGGGUGGCGGCCGGCGCGCCUCUCUCGGACGCCGCUUUCCUCAGCGACAAGAUCAGGGAUCUGUGCGCAGAUCUGCCGAUCUUCUGGCUCCGUCCGACCUACUCUACCGGCGGACGGAGGAAGACGAGGGCCGCCGCCCCCCGCCGACGCCGUCGGGCGCCCGGGGAUGAGGAAGAGGAGGACGUGGAGGCAGAGUUCAACCCCGAGAACCCCUACCAGAAUAACCUCGAGGGGGAGGACACCACGAACAUCGACCCCAGGUUGGACCACGAGGGCGUUUGCUGCCGAGAGUGCCGUCGCAGUUACACCCACUGCCAGAGGAUCUGCGAGCCGCUGGGGGGCUACCACCCGUGGCCGUACCACUACAGAGGCUGCCGGGUGGCCUGUCGGGUCAUCAUGCCUUGCAACUGGUGGGUGGCGCGUAUCCUGGGCAUCGUGUAAACGCAGACACCCCGAACGUGGCGGAGACGCGGCCGGCGGGGGGGGGAAUCGGACUCGUUUCGGAAAGGUGAGGGAGAUGACGAAUAAAAGGAAGCCAGAUUGGGUACGCCGGAGUUUCAUAUUCUGCAUUUGGUGUGAGCGGUUUUUGGGCCACAAGUAGACAUAAGACAGAACACUGCAAAAAAGUUCACUCGCAAGGUGAAAAUCUUGAACAUUUUCAAUCAAAUUAAAUAUUGUCACGGGGAAUGAUUUUGAAUAAUAUUAUGUCACUUAUUUAGCUAUAGGAUAAAGCAUAGAUGACGAAGAUUGUAACCCAGGUCUUAUUCCCGUCCUCUUUCAUGUAAAUAAAUGUAAAGGAUGCAACAUUCUACUAUCAGCAGUCAGCAUCUUUUAACUAUUCACCAAGUCCUGUGAGAAAUAUUUCUGACCCCUGUAACUCCCCUUUUCUGCACAAAUAGUACCUUCCACUCAAGACCGCUUAAGGGGCUUUCAUCUCAAUGUAUUUUUAGCUGCAUUUCAA